AUGAUUCCUUCUCUGAAAGCCGUUUCUCACGAUGGAGAUGAGAACAAAAAACUUGAGAUUUCGGGAGAGACAAAUGUCUUUUUAUUUGAUGAAGGAAAAUUGAAAGGAAGAAUUCUAAAAUCAUCCACUAAUAUUGAUCGGAAUCGGCAUGCUUCUCUUUCAAAGAAUACAUUCCAACCUCAUGAUGGAUCAUUUAGACAAGGAGAUUAUGUAUGGACGCUGCAAAGUAAAAAGCUCUAUGCCAUCGGAAGAGUACUGGAAUUUGUAACCAAUGCAAACAGUCCGUUUGUUGGAAGAUAUAAAAUUGAAUAUUGCAAAGAUAAAUCUCGAUAUCAUUGCAAAGCUGAAAGAAUGGUGCCGAUCUUUAGAGCCACAAAGCAAUGGGGAUUAAAGAACUGUGGAACAUUCAUUGAACAAUACCAUCAUCACCACAUGGAGGCAAGCUCUUUAGAUAAUGGUGCUACUCACACGAACGAUCAUACGACAGAUGUGGAUAUCAUUGUGUGCAAUGAGACGAGUGAUUUUAGGCUUUUAGCAAAAACUCAAGUAUUCAACAAGUAUGAUUUUAUUGAACAGCAAGAGGAUGACAAUCUAUUGGCGACGACCGCACCAACACAACAUUCAUGUCGCACUGUGAUGAAUUCGGGUGGAAGCGAAUCAAACACGCAAAUAAUCAAACACCCAGGAGAUUUUGUUUUGGAAAUUGGAAGUGCUCUUGGUGAAACAUCUAAAAUUCUUCAUGAAAAAUGUGCCAAGUUGUUGUGUUUGGACAUUUCAAAGGCAUACGUUGAGGAAACAAAGAAGAAAUUUCCAUUUAUUGAAUUUUGGUGUGCGGAUAUUAUGAGCGAGGAUGAUCAAAAACGAGUGAUUAGAACAUGGAGAAAAUAUCUCUACGAAAAUCCUUCCUCAGAGCUCAAAGUAUUCAUCGAUAUUAACGGAAAUCGAAUGCUGAAUGCUGUACUCCAUGUUGUUGAAAUUGUAAAGAACAAUUUAAAGCCUUCUCUGAUUGUAGUGAAGAGUUCUGAAUAUUAUUCGCAUUUGAGGAAUUCAUGUUGCGAGAAUUAG